AUGUGGUAUCACGUCUCCGAACCUAAUUCGUAUCUCGCCGUGACUGGCGCAGGCAUCGAAAAUGUUGUCAUCGCGAAGAAGAAGUUCAUUAUGCCUUUCCAGAAGGUCACGAAACUCAGUAUCACGCCAUUUGACUUCAGCAUGUCACUGCAAGCCAUGACCAGCGAGAAACUGCAAUUCUCCCUUCCGGCAGUCUUCACCAUUGGCCCCGAGGACAAUCUCGAUUCUCUUACAAAGUAUGCGGUGCUUUUGACUGGGGAUAGUGACGGACAGGUCUACACCAAGGGCGGCAUGGUUGCUACUGGCCGAAAUCACGUGCAAGACAUCAUCAAGGGAAUCAUCGAGGGCGAGACGAGAUCGAUUGUUUCAAACAUGACAAUGGAGGAAUUGUUCAACAAUCGACGAAUCUUCAAGCAGCAGGUCAUCGAAUGCGUCCAGAAGGAGCUCGAUCAAUUCGGUAUGAAGGUGUAUAAUGCGAACGUCAAGGAGCUGCAGGACAUGGGUGACAGCAAGUACUUUGAGUCUCUGGCUCGGAAAGCUCACGAAGGCGCUCAAAGCCAAGCUCAAGUCGACGUUGCCAAUGCCCGCAUGAUUGGUCGCGUUGGUGAAGCAGAGAAGGAGGGCGAAGCCAAACAGCGCAUCGCCAAGAUCAACGCCAAUACAGCCGUGCUCGAGACAGAGCGUAAAGUUGAAAAGGCCAACGCAGAUCAAAAGCUGCGAAGCCGAGAAAUCGAGAUCUCUCGAGCCCUGAACAUCGAGCAAAUCGCGGCCCAGCGCGCUGCUGAACAACGCGAUGCCGAACUACAAAAGGAUGUCGAGCAGAAGCGUGCAGAGAUGGAGCUGGAGCGUCUUCGAGCCACCACAGUGACACAGGCCAAGAUCGCAAAAGAAUCUGCACAAGAGAAAGCCGACGCAGAUCUUUACACUCAGACCAAGAAAGCCGAUGCCCAGCAAUACAACCAAAAGGCCGAAGCCGAAGCUAUCUACUACCCUCGCGAGAAAGAGGCACAAGCCAUGUACCUCAUGAAGGAACGUGAAGCUCAAGCCAUGUACAUACAGAAGGAAAAGGAGGCCGAAGCCAUGUACCUCACUCGCGCUCGUGAAGCCGAAGCAGCAUACAUGGCGCGCAAGAAAGAGGCGGACGGUCUUAGCGAACUCAGCAAGGCUUAUGGUGCUCUCGCGGACGUCAUGGGCGGGCCUCAAGGUCUGAUGCAGUUCCUCAUGCUGCAGAAUGGGACCUACGAACGACUCGCGGAUGCCAAUGCCAAAGCUAUUCAUGGUCUGCAGCCUAAGAUCAAUGUCUGGACUACCGGCAAUGACCAAGGUGCGAAUCAGAGUAUGGCACCGAUUCAGAAUCUCUUCAAGUCGAUUCCUCCACUCUUCAGCACGAUUCAAGACCAGACCGGCAUGACGCCGCCCGCUUGGAUGGCGAAUAUACCGCAGCAGUCUCAGGAGGGUGGUGAUAUGAAGGUGGCGAAGAGAGAAGAAGUAAGGCAUGAUUCGAAGGGGAUCAAUGGGCACAAGUGA